CCGGGACUCGGUCUGGUUUAUACUGGGUCGCGAUAGGGGCAGCGUGACCCGCCGGGGUGGAGAGAGGAUGCUUAACUCCUUAGGUCCUAAUUCCUCUCUCCCCAGCCCUCUCCCCCUUUCUCCCUGGGCGACAAGGACUUCCGGCCCCCAGGCUUGACUCACUCCUCACUUUCUCCUGUCCCUUCCCCCUUGUGGGUCCCUGGCCGGACUUCGGGUCCCUCCAGCGGCGAGCAGCUGAGGGUUAAGGGGGCGGGGCCGCCGCAUUUUUGGGGAGUGAGCGCAUCCUAGCGGCUGCCAAGAGGGGCGCUCGGCCGGGACCUGACGAAGCCCCUGAGCUGAGGCAACAGGUGUUUUGGAGAUUAGGGAUCCCAACAGUGAAGUAAAAAGAGAGAAAACCGAGACAUCAGCAACCGCAAGGAGCGUCUGUGUGGAUGGGAUGGGGACGCCGGGGGAAGGGCUGGGCCGCUGCUCCCAUGCCCUGAUCCGGGGUGUCCCCGAGAGCCUGGGGGCCGGGGAGACCGCGGGAACUGGCCUUCCGGCUCUGGACCUGGCCAAAGCUCAGAGGGAGCACGGGGUGCUGGGGGGAAAACUGAGACAGCGACUGGGACUUCAGCUUCUGGAGCUGCCUCCCGAGGAGCCACUGCCGCUGGGGCCACUGCUCGGUGACACGGCUGUGAUCCAAGGGGACACGGCCCUCAUCACGCGGCCCUGGAGCCCGGCUCGCAGACCCGAGGUUGAUGGAGUCCGCAAAGUCCUCCAGGACUUGGGGCUCCGGAUUGUGGAGAUGGGUGAUGAGAACGCAACGCUGGAUGGCACCGACGUCCUCUUCACGGGCCGGGAGUUUUUCGUAGGCCUCUCCAAGUGGACCAACCACCGAGGAGCUGAGAUCGUGGCAGACACGUUCCGGGACUUCGCGGUCUCUACUGUGCCAGUGUCAGGCCCCUCCCACCUGCGCGGCCUCUGCGGCAUGGGGGGACCCCGCACAGUGGUGGCAGGCAGCAGUGAGGCUGCCCAGAAGGCGGUCAGGGCAAUGGCAGUGCUCACAGAUCAUCCUUAUGCCUCCCUCACCCUCCCAGACGACGCAGCUGCUGACUGUCUCUUUCUUCGCCCUGGGUUGCCUGGUGGACCCUCUUUCCUCCUGCACCGAGGAGGUGGGGACCUGCCCAACAGCCAGGAGGCAUUGCAGAAGCUUUCUGAGGUCACUCUGGUCCCUGUGUCCUGCUCAGAACUGGAGAAGGCUGGUGCCGGGCUCAGCUCCCUCUGCCUGGUGCUCAGCACACGCCCCCACAGCUAAGGACCUGGCCCUGGGGUCCUGUUUGCCCAGGGGUAGGGCAGCAUAGGGAAGAGGAGGGUUAGAUGGCGGAUGGGGAGUAGUGGGAAAUACGGUAAGAAGUUCCCAAGACAGAGGGAGGGCAUAGUUCGGGGAGAAGGUUGGGGGCCACUAGGUGAGUUCGCUCACUGAGAACCAAUAAAAUAGAAUUGGCC